CGCCGGUGCGUGCCCAAAACAAGCAAGCGCAGCGUAGAGGCGCCAACGCGCGAGGAGCGGUGGGAAGUGGGAUGGCGGCGGCCAUGGACAUGGAGGACGACGAGGACAUCUGGGGGGACGCCGCCAGCAGCCCCAGCGCGGUUCCGCCGCAGCCGCUCGCCGCGGCCGCGGCCUCCCCUUGCGGCGCCUUCAUCUCCACGCAGCUCAGCCUCAGCUCCCGCCUCCACCUCCUCUCCACCGCGGGCGGCUCCUCCGCCGGCAUCUACGCCGCGGACGGCGGGCGCCGCCACAUGGACCUCGGCGCCGGCUUCCGCAAUGCCGCCGCGUCCCCGGCGCCCUUCUUCUCCGCCUACAACCCCGACGCCGGCGCCGCCCGCAGCGCGCUCGAGGACGAGAUGUGCCUCGGCCCCGGCGCGGCGGCGGCCGCCUGGGCCGGGGCCGGGGCCGGGGCCGGAGGCUCCGACCGCCGCAAGAAGCGCAUGAUCAAGAACCGCGAGUCCGCGGCGCGCUCCCGCGCGCGCAAGCAGGCCUACGUCCGCGAGCUGGAGCAGGAGGUGCAGCUCCUGCAGCAGGAGAACGAGAGCCUCCGCGUCAAGUACGAGCAGCUGAGGGCGUCCGUGGAGGUGGCGGUGCCGGUGAAGAAGACUCUGCAGAGGAUGCCGUCCGCGCCAUUUUGAGGACGACGGCGAGGAGAUCGAUCGAUGGAUGGAUCGAAGCAGGCGGUUGCUCUUCUCCUUUUGAGGCGAUCCAGUGAUCGAUCGUGGUUUCAAGUAAUUAGUGAGUGCUGCUCGACAACUACUCACAUAGCUUCAAUUGAUAUGCCGCAGCCAGUAGUGCUCUGCAUCUGCUGCUACUCUACCUAGCUCGCCGUGCGUGUACAAACAUCAAGUCAUGUUCAACCUCGCCCAGGGCGCGUACUAGCUACUAGCUUUUGCCUUGAACCUUGAUCCAUCUGCACAAUGGCAGCUGCCUAGCUAGAAGAGGCGUCCUGCUGGCUGCCAUAUAUACUUAUGUGUGUAGCUUGUCGCGUGGGAUUAGGCAGAAAGAUGAUGGGCUGCUUGUACAAAUGUGGUAACUAUUGCUUCCUGGAACAAUGUCAUUUCGGGGCGCAAGAAAGAAAGAACAAUCCAGGAAGCUAGCUAGUCUCUUCCUGUUUUCCUCUUCCA